AUGUUCAGGAGCGCCAUCCAAAACUCUGCCCUCCGGGCUUCAAGAAGCGCCUUCAGACCAGCUUUGUCAACUGGUUUAAGAGCUGCUUCUGCUAGAUAUGCUAGUGAUAGUGCGAUACACGGCAAGAUCCAUCAAGUCAUUGGUGCCGUCGUUGAUGUUAAAUUCGAUACCGAGAAGCUCCCACCCAUUCUUAACGCCCUCGAGACCACUAACGGUGGUAACAAACUCAUUCUUGAGGUCGCACAACAUCUGGGAGAGAAUGUCGUUAGAACUAUUGCUAUGGAUGGUACCGAAGGUUUAGUCCGUGGUCACCGCGCAACCGAUACUGGAUCCCCAAUCAUGGUACCAGUCGGUGCAGGAACCCUCGGUCGUAUCAUGAACGUUACUGGUGACCCAAUCGAUGAACGGGGACCUAUUAAGUGUAACAAGAGAUCACCAAUUCACGCCGAUGCUCCACCUUUCACUGAGCAAUCCACCGCUGCUGAGGUUUUGGUCACUGGUAUCAAGGUUGUCGAUUUACUCGCUCCUUACGCUCGUGGUGGAAAGAUUGGUCUCUUCGGAGGAGCUGGUGUCGGAAAGACUGUGUUCAUUCAAGAGUUGAUCAACAACAUUGCCAAGGCACACGGUGGUUACUCUGUUUUCACUGGUGUUGGUGAGCGUACUCGUGAGGGUAACGAUUUGUACAAGGAAAUGCAAGAGACCUCCGUCAUCCAACUUGAUGGAGACUCCAAGGUCGCUUUGGUCUUCGGUCAAAUGAACGAGCCCCCCGGAGCCCGUGCCCGUGUUGCUCUUACUGGUUUGACUGUAGCUGAAUACUUCAGAGACGAAGAAGGACAAGAUGUUUUGCUCUUCAUUGAUAACAUUUUCAGAUUCACCCAAGCUGGUUCUGAAGUGUCUGCUCUACUCGGUCGUAUUCCUUCUGCUGUCGGUUACCAACCUACUCUCGCCGUCGACAUGGGUCUCAUGCAAGAACGUAUUACCACCACCACCAAGGGUUCCAUUACCUCCGUCCAAGCUGUCUACGUACCAGCUGAUGAUUUGACUGAUCCUGCCCCUGCUACUACCUUCGCCCAUUUGGACGCCACCACUGUCUUGUCCCGUGGUAUCUCUGAGUUGGGUAUUUACCCAGCUGUCGAUCCCCUUGACUCCAAAUCCCGUAUGUUGGAUCCCCGUGUUGUCGGACAAGAUCACUACGAUACCGCCACCCGUGUCCAACAAAUGUUGCAAGAGUACAAGUCCCUCCAAGAUAUCAUUGCCAUUCUUGGUAUGGAUGAAUUGUCGGAAGCUGAUAAGUUGACUGUCGAGCGUGCCCGUAAAUUGCAAAGAUUCUUGUCUCAACCAUUCACUGUCGCACACGUUUUCACUGGUAUCGAAGGUGUUCUCGUUGACUUGAAGACCACAAUCGCCAGUUUCAAAUCUAUCAUGAACGGAGAGGGUGAUGAUUUGCCAGAAGGUGCUUUCUAUAUGGUUGGUGACUUUGCAUCAGCACGUGCAAAGGGAGAGAAGAUUCUCGCAGAUUUGGAGAAAUAG